CCAGCUCUGCCUCUGCGGGUGCCUCCAGCUGGGGAUGCACUGCGCAUUCACUCAGGUGACUAUUUCCUUGACAUCAAUGUUCCUCCUACACUCAUCAACAGGCAUGUUAUUUUGGCUUGUGAUACGUGAUCCUCGCGAUACCACCUUGUCGUCUCGUGAAGCCUACGCCGAGAUUUCGCAAUAUUCUGCCCCUCCUUCACGAAAAUCCCCAGGAAAGCAAAGCAAACCCAGAGGGAGGGGUGAAGGCGCAACACAGUGACACACACACACACACACACA